GUGGAUGGACAUUCAUUCGAUCAUCAUGAAAGUACUCGUAGUCUUCGCUCUGGCUUUGGCCUCCGCCUCCGCUGGCCUGCUGCCCCAGGUGCUGCCUGUGCAUCCCCGUGACCUGCCCGUUGUGCCCUCGAUCGAGGGUCGCAUCACCAACGGCAAGGACGCUGUGGAGAACCAGUUCCCCUACCAGGUGUCCCUCAGCUUUGGAAGCGACAGCGGCGGCUGGUUCUGCGGUGGCUCCAUCAUCUCCGCUGAGUGGAUCCUCACUGCUGCUCACUGCACCAGCGGUGCCUCCUCUGUGACCAUCGGCUAUGGUGCCACUGUCCGCACCGCACCCAAGUUGAGUCAGACCGUCUCCAGCGGAAACUUCAUCCAGCACGCCAGCUACAACAGCGUUGUCCUGCGCAACGACAUCUCCCUGAUCAAAGCCCCCGCCGUCACCUUCAGCUCGGCCAUCAACAAGGUUGUCCUGCCCUCCAUUGCCAGCAGCUACUCGACCUAUGCCGGUGACACCGCCAUCGCUUCCGGCUGGGGCAAGACCUCCGAUGCCUCUAGCACUGUGGCCAACAGCCUGCAGUACGAAACCUUCACCGUGGUGACCAACACCGUAUGCUCAGCCACCUACGGCUCUCUGAUCAUCACCCAAAGCGUCAUCUGCAUUGCCACCCCCAACAAGGUGUCCACCUGCAACGGCGACUCUGGCGGCCCAUUGGUCCAGCAGAGCAGCAACAAGCUGAUCGGCGUCACCUCCUUUGUGUCGAGCGCUGGCUGCGAGUCCGGCGCCCCAGCUGGCUUCACCCGCACCACCAGCUACCUGGACUGGAUCAAGACCAACACUGGCAUCUCCUACUAAGCAAAGCAGCAGCACUCUUUUCUUUCUUUCAAAAUAAAUAACGAUUAUCAUCUAUAAAAUGUA